AUGGCCACCUUCUUAGCCAAGUUUCCACGAUCCUGGCGAGAUCGGUCCACUUACCCAAGAGCCGCAUCCAUCGCUCUUCCAAGUAUCGACGAAGAGGAUGAAUCAGAUGAGUAUCUUGAAGAACUCAACGAUGCACCAAAUCAAGAAGAAAUACAAGCGAUGAUUCAGUCAGCUGCCAGAGCUGACGCCGUCACCAAGGCUUUAUAUGAGCAAACAUUCCCUUCUUACAAGUAUCCCGCCUCCUUGUACACCUCCAGCAAAAAGACUGAGGAAUCUCAACCACAAUCAUCUGAUCCGACUAGUGUCGCCAUUCAGAUCUCCAAAGAAAGAUCGGUCUCCGCCCAGAUUGAGGAUCCUCGACCCUCUCUGAGGAGACACAUUACCUGGACUCCUGACCACGACCCAAGGAACCCCAGCCGUCCCCGCUCCGUGCGAACAAGCACGCGCCAAACGAAUCAAUUCACCGUCUGGACGCCCAACAGACCCCGUUACAUCGACUGCAACGCCUUUUCGGCGUCCCCUUACAACAUAGACUGGACAUCCUUCGAAGAGGUCGACUUCAACGGGCGACACUUAUCAAGCUACGGCUGCAGGAGCCCCCGCCUCAAGCCCAGACACCCCAGAUUUCGCUAUGUGAAUCCGGACGAGGAACCUCUCUGUCGUGCGGAACCUUGCAUCAGGGCAUUCUCUUACCUCGACGACGGGCUCAGGGGUCCCAGACUCGAGAGACGUCCUGAGAGAAACGGACUUCUCAACGCCAACGCUGAUGUCGGAGACGGGGAGGAGCUCGCUGACUUUCGUCUUCCAUUGCCUGUCUCUUCCUCGCCGCUGCCCCGCCUCCACCUAGACAAUCACUUGAUCCAGUGGGCUUUGGGUGUCCGCGCCGCGAACGCAACUGCAGAGCAGCAAAGCUCUUCCCCGUCCUCCGUCAGUGACCUUGACAAAGAGAGCAUGGAAUACGAAAAGUACGCUGAUGGCCGACAGAGACCUGACGUAGAGAAGAGGGUCGUUGAGCAAGAGGAUUUGGGCUGCUCCGAUGACGACUCGAGUGCUUACACCGAGCCGUUCCCCGACUUUGACGUCGGGGACUAUGAUACCGCUCCCGACAACCAGCUAUGUCUGGACGCCGGAGCGGCGACCGGAGCAGAGGUGGUUAGAGAGGAGGCGGCGAGGAUGUGUCAUUUCGCCCAUUGGGCGAUUCUCACCCUGGCUCUAGUGUGUAUUCUUGCGGUGGUCGUAUAUCUCAUACCGGACCGCUGGGGCCAGAAUUGUGCGUACGGCCUGGAAAAGGGAAGGAAGGUGUACGCACAGUAUGAACGCUAUUGGAGUAGGGCCUCACGAUGGUUAUGA